AUGACGACGAGCGAAGCAGUGUCCAGUUUUAGGUGAGUUACUGAUGUUUUUCAACACUUUGAUAGCAAUUUGUAUUUCUAUUUUCUCGAUUUUUAUUUAUUUUUAUUUUGAGGACAGGUAAUUUGCCACGUGAACCUUGUUCUUUUUGCAUUUCUAAUAUAAAUUUUCAAUGGAAGAAGAAAUUUGUUCAUCGGAAAUCUCUAUUUUUCCCAGGGUUCCAAUAUUUUCGUCAUGCUCAAAACUUCAAAAGCUAGCGGAAUCGGAGAACAAAAUUCUCACAUCGCUUGGCAUCAAAUAUUUGUCGAGGCUUAUCAAGGUUGGUUAAAAAAUUUUUAUCAAAUAUUAUUUAUGAGGAAUUUGAAAAAAAAAGUUUGCUCAAAAAAAUUCCAAAAAAAUGUUAUUCAGAAUUCGGCUCAAAAAGUCUUUCAGAAAGAUUUUGUGUAUUAGAAAAUGUUCACAGUAUUCUGAAACUCGGAAAAAAAAGAUUUUUCAAAAAUGUUUUUUUAAAAUUCAAAUGUUCAUAUUUCAGAUUCCAUUCCAAAAUUCUGAGAUCAACACAAUUACUGUGGAAUGUGAGCAAAGUCGCCCAAAAGUUGCCUACCCGAUAGUGCUCAUUCAUGGCUUCGGAGCUGGCUCAGCACUUUGGGGCUCGGCGAUCAAACGAUUUGCUCAAAUACAAACUGUUUUUGCCAUGGAUCUUCUCGGUUUUGCCAGAUCUUCUCGCCCAAAAUUCUCCGAAAAUCAUGAAGAAGCCGAAUCAGAAAUUGUGGAAUCUAUCGAAAUGUGGAGAAAUGAGAUGAGAUUGGAGAAGAUGAACAUUGUUGCGCAUUCGUUUGGUGGAUAUUUGGCAACCUCGUAUGCUAUCAAAUAUCCGAGUCGUGUUCAUAAUUUGAUACUUGCUGAUCCUUGGGGUUUCACUGACAAAGAUCCCAAUAGAUUUCCUCAAACAAAAACUAUCAGAUUUAUCCGAUGGUUUGUUGAGACAUAUAAUCCAUUAACAAUUAUGAGAAUGUUUGGAUCUUUUGGUAAGAACAUUUAUUUUGAAAUAUUUUCCAAUCAUAAGAUUUUGUUUGUAGGUCCAAAUCUGAUGCGUCGAACUCGUCCAGAUCUCAAAGAUAAAUAUUCGGAAAACGUCUACGAUUACAUAUAUUUAUGCAAUUCCCAACGACCCUCGGGAGAAAAAGCGUUCAAAAAUAUCGCGACAGAUUUGGCUUGGGCGAAACGUCCAAUGGCUCAACGAUUCCAUGAACUCGACACAAAAGUGCCAGUCACAUUUAUACACGGUGUUCGAAGUUGGAUUGAUUACGAAUCCGUUUCGCAUUUGUAUGAUUUAGAACAUGUGAAUCAAUAUGUUGUAGAAGGUGCUGGACAUCAUGUUUAUGCAGAUAAUAGUGAUCGAUUUAAUGAUAUUGUUGUAAAUACUUUAGAAAAUUCAAAAUAA